UUUUGGCGUUUGGAAAAACCAUCUUCCUUUGACGUCAGCUGAUAUCAUCUUUUUAACCCAACAGCUCUUUUAAGAGCUAAAAAACUUGGGCGCAAUGCUAUUCUGCGCCCCCUGGAGGAAGCCACAGGCGGAAUCCAGAUCCCUCUCCGAGAUUUAUAAGCCUCCUGAUGGUCGGCUGACCAAGGAUGUGCUUCUUGGAGAAGGCGGCACCGGAGACGUCUACAAGGGACGACACCAUCGAAGAGGCGUGGUAGCGGUGAAGAUCGCCAACAUCAGCCGAGAUGAAGAGUCAGUCAUGAGGGAGCUGAAGUUUCUCCAGCAGUUCGGAGGCCACAAGAACAUCGCCUCUUACUAUGGAGCUUACUACAGGGCUCCACUCACGGAGUGCUCAUCGGAGCACUUGGAAAUUGUUCUCGAGUACUGUGGUGGCGGCUCUCUCCACACCCUCAUCAGCAGGACCAAUGGGCAAAUCCCUGAAGGAGACCUGGAUUGGCUAUGUCUGCAAGGAGGUUUUAAAGGUAAGGCCAGAUUUACCCCUUAAAGA